AUGUUUUCAUUUAAGAAUUUACGCCUGCUGGUCCCAGCAGUAGCUAUAGUUGUUCUUAUCCUUCAUCUUUCUUAUAAAAUCAUCCCACAUAAUCCUAUUGCAAAUAAAGCAAUCUCAACUUCGUUCAUAGAAAAUAAUGACGAUUCCAGCUUAGAAGAAGAACCAUACAAAGACGAUCUGCUAGAGCUAACAAACUCCACUCUUGGUUUCUCUAAACUUAUAUAUCUCAAUGUUCCCUCACGAUACGACCUCGACGAUACCAUGACCAUGCAGAGCGUGAUUUCAGGCAUUCGACCUGAGCGAUUCGAAGGUGUGACAACUGACGAUGUCACAAAACUUAACCCUAAUAAUGACGGUAGCAGGGUCAUUGACCCCAAAGGAUUCGCACCUGCAGCAAACCGAUACCUAACAAUGGGUCCCGGUGGUUUGGCUUGCUUCCGCUCUCAUGCAAACAUUUGGCGACUCAUGAUCAAAAAUAAUUGGAAAACCCUUCUUGUGCUUGAAGGUGAUGCCGCAUGGGACGUCAAUAUCCGUCGCAUCAUGCCCCACUUUUCAAGAGGCCUCGAGCAGCUCAUGCAUAAGCUUGGGAAAAUUGAUAACGACACCCAUGUUUCACGCAAUGAUCCUUACCUAUCUGAUCAUUGGGACUUUAUUAAUCUUGGUGGCUGCUAUGCUAACCCUAAGCGCAAGGAAUUAAGUGUGCAGUACUACGACCCGUAUGCUCCUGAAGGCACAGAAAAAUCACCUCUUAUGAUUCAUGGAAUGACUAUUGAGAAGCAACGACGUCUUGUUAGGUACCAAACCGAAGAAGCUUGCACUGGUGCAUAUGCCAUCACUCGACAAGGAGCUCACAAGUUGUUAUUACGAUCAAUGGUUGACAUGGGUAAUCCUGUGGAUCUAGUGAUUCGUGGACUUGUUGCCAGCGGUGCAUUGGAGGAUUAUUCAGUGUUCCCAAUUCUAUUUAAUCAAGGGUCUUAUCGCAAAGAUUUAGGCCCCCAAUCUAAAGGUUCUGAAACUGGUGAUCCUAAUAAAAACAAACAACUUAGUGAAGCAAACAUCCCCUGGGAUGAUAUUCACAAAACAAUGAACAUUUGGCGAUAUGGUAUUCCUGGACUUUCUCGCUUCAAGAAAGGAAUGUUGUUAAAUCUUCAAGAUUAUAUAUUUACGAAAACAGAGCCAAUGCUAGAUACAGAUUUAGGUGGAAAAGAGUAA